CAUGCGAACAGCUUUCUUGCACUCCCCGUACCGGAAGCUGUCAAACAGACAGACAGCCGCGUUUGACAGUUCUUGUUUCCUGCGCUCUCUUUUCGUUUGUAACUGAAUCGACGAGAACAUCAAAAUGGUGAACGUUCCCAAGCAGCGUCGUACCUACUGCAAGAAGUGCAAGGUGCACCGCGUCCACAAGGUCACGCAGUACAAGAAGUCCAAGGAACGUCAGGCUUCGCAGGGUCGUCGCCGUUACGAUCGUAAACAGAAGGGUUUCGGCGGUCAGACCAAGCCCAUCUUCAGAAAGAAGGCCAAGACCACCAAGAAAAUCGUACUGCGUAUGGAAUGCGUCGAUUGCAAGUACCGCAAGCAGACCCCACUGAAGCGCUGCAAGCACUUCGAGCUGGGAGGCGACAAGAAGCGAAAGGGACAGAUGAUUCAGUUCUAAGCGCUCAUUCGGUUGCUUGUGUAUUUCCAU